AUGUCUUCCUCUUCCUCCUCCCAAUCCUCUUCCUCGAGCGAAGUAGAGCCAGAGGUCAAUCAGAUGGCCAUCUACGAUGCUCUCGCGCCUGAGCACUGGGACGCGGGAGAAUGGGACUUCUCCAUCGAGUCGGAAGCCGACGAACCCCGCACCAUCGGGGAGGAAGACCUCCAGUUCCUCGUUGACGGGGAGCUGGAAGCAGCGUGCGAAGACGACCUCCUCUCCUGGGAGAUGGAUCCUUCCUCCGACGAAGAUGAAGAAGAAGCGGAGGAGUCUGAAGAAGAAGAGUCCUCCGACACCGGGUACCCACCGGCCAAGCGCCUCCGAGGCUGGGCUUGGUCAGAUGAUGAUGACGACGAUGAGGAGGAUGAAGAUGCUACUGGCGGCUUUAUCAGCAGCGACGAAGUGCCCGCCGGUAGCAGCGCUGACGACGGCGACGACGAGGGCAGUGACGGCCCUUAG